AUGGGCUUCAAGCUCAAUGUGUUGCUGUUGGUGAUACUUGCAACUUCACUUAUUUCUCAAGAUGAAGCUUCUGUGUCUUAUGAUUAUAAAGCUAUCACCAUUAAUGGUCAAAGAAGAAUACUGCUUUCUGGUUCCAUUCAUUACCCCAGAAGUACUCCUGAGAUGUGGCCAGAUCUUAUCCAAAAGGCUAAAGAAGGAGGAUUGGAUGUGAUUCAAACUUAUGUUUUCUGGAAUGGACAUGAACCUUCACAAGGCAAAUAUUAUUUUGAGGGGAACUAUGAUUUGGUAAAGUUCAUAAAGCUAGUACAACAAGCUGGUCUCUAUGUUCAUCUGAGAAUUGGUCCUUAUGCUUGUGCUGAAUGGAACUUUGGAGGCUUCCCUGUUUGGCUCAAGUACAUUCCAGGUAUCAGUUUCAGAACAGACAAUGGACCAUUUAAGUUUCAAAUGCAAAGAUUUACUACUAAGAUUGUGAAUAUAAUGAAAGCUGAAAGGUUGUAUGAAUCACAGGGUGGUCCAAUAAUUCUAUCUCAGAUUGAAAAUGAAUAUGGACCUAUGGAGUACGUACUCGGUGCUCCUGGUAAAGCCUAUACUCAGUGGGCAGCACAUAUGGCUGUAGGACUUAGUACCGGUGUUCCAUGGGUGAUGUGCAAACAAGAUGAUGCUCCUGAUCCUAUUAUUAAUACUUGCAAUGGUUUCUAUUGUGAUUAUUUCUCUCCAAAUAAGGCUUACAAACCAAAGAUGUGGACAGAAGCUUGGACUGGCUGGUUUACCGGCUUUGGAGGUCCGGUUCCUCAUAGACCUGCUGAGGAUUUGGCAUUUUCGAUUGCAAAGUUUAUACAGAAAGGGGGAUCAUUUAUCAACUACUACAUGUAUCACGGUGGAACAAAUUUUGGAAGAACUGCUGGUGGUCCCUUUAUCGCCACAAGCUAUGAUUAUGAUGCACCUCUUGAUGAAUACGGGCUUCUCAGGCAACCAAAGUGGGGUCAUUUGAGGGAUUUACACCGAGCAAUAAAACUCUGCGAACCUGCUUUAGUUUCUGCAGAUCCUACCGUAGUUCGUCUUGGAAACUAUGAAGAGGCUCAUGUUUUUAGAUCAAAAUCCGGAGCUUGUGCUGCGUUCCUUGCGAACUACAAUCAACGAUCUUAUGCAACAGUGGCGUUCGGCAAUCAGCAUUACAACUUACCUCCUUGGUCUAUCAGCAUUCUUCCUAACUGCAAGCACACUGUUUAUAACACUGCAAGGGUUGGUUCUCAGAGCGCAGAGAUGAAAAUGAGCCGCGUUCCUAUUCACGGUGGACUCUCUUGGAAAGCAUUUAAUGAAGAGACAACAACUACCGAUGAUAGUUCCUUCACUGUCACUGGUCUUUUGGAGCAGAUUAACGCAACCAGAGAUUUAUCUGAUUACUUGUGGUACUCUACAGAUGUUGUGAUCAAUUCCAAUGAAGGAUUCUUUAGGAAUGGAAAGGAUCCUGUUCUUACAGUAUUAUCUGCUGGUCAUGCUUUGCAUGUUUUCAUCAAUGGUCAGCUUUCAGGAACUGCAUAUGGAAGUGUGGAGUUCCCCAAACUAACUUUUAGUGAGGGUGUGAAGCUUAGAGCUGGUGUUAACAAAAUUUCCCUCCUAAGUGUUGCAGUUGGACUUCCGAAUGUUGGUCCACAUUUUGAAACAUGGAAUGCUGGUGUUCUCGGUCCAAUUUCGUUGAAUGGUCUCAAUGAGGGGAGAAGGGACUUAACAUGGCAGAAAUGGUCAUACAAGGUUGGUCUUAAAGGUGAAGCCUUGAGUCUUCAUUCUCUCAGUGGAACUUCCUCGGUUGAUUGGCUUCAAGGAUAUUUAGUUUCUCGAAAGCAGCCAUUGACUUGGUACAAAACUACUUUUGACGCUCCGCUUGGAGUUGCACCGUUGGCUUUAGACAUGAUAAGUAUGGGAAAAGGUCAAGUCUGGUUAAACGGACAACACCUCGGUCGCUACUGGCCUGCUUAUAAAGCAUCCGGUUCUUGUGAUUAUUGCAAUUACGCAGGAACUUAUAAUGAGAAAAAAUGUGGAACCAACUGCGGCGAGGCCUCUCAACGAUGGUAUCAUAUUCCUCAUUCAUGGCUGAAACCAACCGGAAAUUUAUUGGUUAUGUUUGAGGAGUUGGGUGGGAAUCCAAAUGGAGUGUUUUUGGUUAGAAGGGAUAUAGAUAGUGUUUGUGCGGAUAUUUACGAGUGGCAGCCAAAUCUCGUUAGUUAUCAGUUGCAAGCUUCUGGUAAAGUUAGCGUUCCCGUGAGUCCAAAAGCACAUCUGGCAUGUGGUCCGGGACAAAAAAUAUCGUCAAUCAAAUUUGCUAGCUUUGGAACUCCAGUAGGGUCUUGUGGAAACUAUCGCGAAGGAGGAUGUCAUGCUCACAAGUCAUACGAUGCCUUUCAAACGAAUUGUGUCGGUCAGAGUUCAUGCGCCGUGACAGUGUCACCUGAAAUUUUUGGAGGUGAUCCAUGUCCACAUGUGAUGAAGAAACUCUCAGUAGAGGCCAUUUGCACCUGA